AUGGAGGAAGAUGGCAACGCGCCGCCGCCGUUCUGGCUUCAACCCUCCAAUUCUCUACACGAACUUGACAACCAUCGCCGCCGCCAUCGCCUCAGUCGCGCAUCUUCAUUCCUCCUUAACUCCAGCGCCUUUCUCGUUGUUUUGUUGGUAAUAGUUCUCUGUUUCAUAUGGAUUGUGAUUCCCAAAUUUGUGCAGUUCGGUUCUCAAUUGAUACGGCCUCAAUCGGUAAAGAAGAGCUGGGAUUCGCUCAAUUUGGUUCUUGUCCUCUUCGCCAUUGUUUGCGGGUUUCUUAGCAGAAACGCUGGUGAGGAUAGUAGAGACUCUUUUGAAGAUCGGAGCGUUUCUUCGAGGCGGACAAUUAAGUCAAACCCUAGGAAUCCGCGCCAAUGGGAUGGAUAUGCCGAUCAUCGGCCGAUUCAUUACACUGUCAAUCGGAUGAGGAGUAGCAGUUCGUAUCCGGAUCUACGUCUGCAGGAGUCUUCAUUGGAUGCUGGUGAUCAACAGUGGCGAUCUUAUGACGAUACUCACGUGCCUAAUAAUCGGUUUCCGUCCUCCGAUCAGCUUCAUCGCCGUCGUGAAGCUCGGCCGGAGCUUGAACGCGAAGAUUCUGAUGUCAAAAGUAUUGGUUUCGACAGAUCUGAGAUGCGUGAAGAUGUAUAUUCACAAAUGCCAAUACCUUCUCCGCCGCGGUCGCCGCCGCCGCAGGUGUCUCCUCCGCGAUCACCAUCACCGCCUCCAACCCCUCCGCCUCCCGCUAAUACGACACCUAAAGUGGUAAAACGAAGGCCAAAGAGAACGCAUAAGGUCCAUAGCCAUACGCCUGCUGGAGAGAUUGACCAACACAACAAAAAUGGCGAUUCGGACGUCGCGGAAUUUCAACGGAUUCCGCUUCCUCCACUCUCACCGCCGUUGUUCUAUCGGGAAUCGGAGCAGAAGAGCGUUAAAAACGAUAAGAAGAGAGGUGGCGCUCCAAAAGAAAUUUGGUCGGCACUGCGGAGGAGGAGGAAGAAGCAAAGACAAAAAAGCAUCGAAAGCUUCGAGGAUAUCGUCGCCUCCCAACGCCCUUCAACAUCGUCAUUACCACCGCCAUCACCACCGCCUCCUCCGCCGCUUCCUUCGCCGUCAGUUUUGCAAGUUCUAUUUACAUCCAAGAAAGGAAAAGGCAAAAAAGUACAAUCCACACCUUCACCAGAGUCGCCACCAUCCAUAGCCUCACCAGAACCUAAACCAAUUAUCGAAGAUCAAAAUCAUCUCCUCAAGCCUCACGAGCCUCCAGUGGAGCUCGCGAGACUGAGCAGUUUAAAUGACGAAGAGUACAGUACGCGCAUUGGCGGUGAGUCUCCAUUCCAUCCGAUUCCUCCUCCUCCACCGCCGCCGCCGCCGUUCAGAAUGCAUGGAGACUUCGACAGUGUAGGAAGCAACAGCAGUACACCAAGAGCCGUUUCGCCGGACAUGGGUGAGAGUGAAGCCGAUGGACAACCGGCGGCCGGCGAAAGAAAACUCGUGAAAGACUCGACAAUUCCGAUGUUCUGUUCCAGCCCUGAUGUCAACAGUAAAGCCGAUAAGUUCAUUGCAAGAUUCAGAGCCGAUUUGAAGUUGCAGAAGAUGAAUUCCAUCAAAGAGAAGACGGCGAGAAAGAGAUCUAACCUAGGCCGAACACCAGGCCCAGGCCCAAGAUAA